AAAAUGUAGGUCAGGAGUUUUCUUUUCUUCUUGGCAGUGUAACGGAGUUGGAGUGUUUGGAACUCAGGACCUCAUAUUUGACAGCCUGGUGAAGAAUGUGAUGGGAUCACUAGCAUGUCUGCGGAGAGCGGCCCUGGGACAAGAUUGAGAAAUCUGCCAGUGAUGGGGGAUGGACUAGAAACCUCCCAGAUGUCUACAACGCAGGCUCAGGCCCAACCCCAGCCAGCCAAUGCAGCCAGCACCAACCCCCCGCCCCCGGAGACCUCCAACCCCAAUAAGCCCAAGAGGCUGACCAACCAACUGCAAUACCUGCUCCGCGUGGUGCUCAAGACGCUAUGGAAACACCAGUUUGCGUGGCCUUUCCAGCAGCCUGUGGACGCCGUCAAGCUGAACCUCCCUGAUUACUAUAAAAUCAUUAAAACGCCUAUGGAUAUGGGAACAAUAAAGAAGCGCUUAGAAAACAACUACUACUGGAAUGCUCAGGAAUGUAUCCAGGACUUCAACACUAUGUUUACAAAUUGUUACAUCUACAACAAGCCUGGAGAUGACAUCGUCUUGAUGGCAGAAGCUCUGGAGAAGCUCUUCUUGCAAAAAAUCAACGAGCUGCCCACAGAAGAAACGGAGAUCAUGAUAGUCCAGGCAAAAGGAAGAGGACGCGGGAGGAAAGAAGCAGGGACGUCAAAGCCAGGUGUGUCCACGGUCCCGAACACAACGCAAGCAUCAACUCCGCCGCAGACCCAGACCCCUCAGCAGAGCCCCCCUCCCGUGCAGACUGCGCCUCACCCCUUCCCCGCCGUCACCCCAGACCUCAUCGUCCAGACUCCCGUCAUGACCGUGGUGCCCCCCCAGCCGCUGCAGAUGCCCCCACCGGUGCCCCCCCAGCCACCGCCCCCACCGACGGCAGCUCCGCAGCCCGUGCAGAGCCACCCACCCAUCAUCGCCGCCCCCCAGCCCGUGAAGACAAAGAAGGGGGUGAAGAGGAAAGCAGACACCACCACUCCCACCACCAUCGACCCCAUCCACGAGCCGCCCUCACUGGCCCCAGAGCCCAAGACGGCCAAGCUGGGGCCCCGGCGGGAGAGCAGCCGGCCUGUGAAGCCCCCAAAGAAGGACGUGCCUGACUCGCAGCAGCACCUCGCCCCGGAGAAGAGCAGCAAGGUCUCCGAGCAGCUCAAGUGCUGCAGCGGCAUUCUUAAGGAGAUGUUCGCCAAGAAGCACGCGGCCUACGCCUGGCCCUUCUACAAGCCGGUGGACGUGGAGGCCCUGGGCCUGCACGACUACUGCGACAUCAUCAAGCACCCCAUGGACAUGAGCACCAUCAAGUCUAAACUAGAGUCCCGUGAGUACCGAGAUGCUCAGGAAUUUGGUGCCGACGUCCGACUGAUGUUCUCCAACUGCUACAAGUACAACCCGCCUGACCACGAGGUGGUGGCCAUGGCACGCAAGCUCCAGGAUGUGUUUGAAAUGCGCUUUGCCAAGAUGCCGGACGAGCCGGAAGAGCCCGUGGUGGCCGUGUCCUCCCCCGCGGUGCCGCCCCCCACCAAGGUGGCAGCCCCGCCCUCCUCCAGCGACAGCAGCAGCGACAGCUCCUCCGACAGCGACAGUUCCACUGACGACUCAGAGGAGGAGCGAGCCCAGCGGCUGGCCGAGCUCCAGGAGCAGCUCAAAGCCGUGCACGAACAGCUUGCAGCCCUUUCGCAGCCCCAGCAGAGCAAACCAAAGAAAAAGGAGAAGGACAAGAAGGAGAAAAAGAAGGAGAAGCACAAAAAGAAAGAGGAAGUGGAGGAGAAUAAGAAGAGCAAAGCCAAGGAGCUCCCUCCUAAGAAGACAAAGAAGACCAACAGCAGCCACAGCAGCGUGAGCAAGAAGGAGCCGGCUCCCCUGAAGAGCAAGCCCCCGCCCGCCUACGAGUCGGAGGAGGAGGACAAGUGCAAGCCCAUGUCCUACGAGGAGAAGCGCCAGCUGAGCCUGGACAUCAACAAGCUCCCGGGGGAGAAGCUGGGCCGCGUGGUGCACAUCAUCCAGUCCCGGGAGCCCUCGCUCAAGAACUCCAACCCCGACGAGAUCGAGAUCGACUUCGAGACCCUGAAGCCCUCUACACUGCGCGAGCUGGAGCGCUACGUCACCUCCUGCUUGCGGAAGAAAAGGAAACCCCAAGCCGAGAAAGUGGAUGUGAUCGCCGGCUCCUCCAAGAUGAAAGGCUUCUCCUCCUCCGAGUCAGAGAGCACCAGCGAGUCCAGCUCCUCAGAUAGUGAAGACUCGGAAACAGAGAUGGCUCCGAAGUCCAAAAAGAAGGGGCACCCUGGGAGGGACCAGAAGAAGCAUCAUCACCACCACCAUCAGCCGCCGGCCCAGGCCCCGCCCCCCCAGCAGCCCCCCCCAGCCCCCCAGCAGCCUCCACCGCCCCCGCCACCACCGCAGCCGCAGCCGCCGCCGCCACCGCCGCCUCCACCGCCCUCCAUCCCGCAGCAGGCCCCUCCCGCCAUGAAGUCCUCGCCCCCACCCUUCAUCACUGCCCAGGUGCCCGUCCUGGAGCCCCAGCUCCCGGGCAGCGUCUUCGACCCCAUCGGCCACUUCACCCAGCCCAUCCUCCACCUGCAGCAGCCCGAGCUGCCCCCUCACCUGCCCCAGCCGCCCGAGCACGGCACUCCGCCCCAUCUCAACCAGCACGCCGUAGUCUCUCCUCCAGCUUUGCACAAUGCACUGCCCCAGCAGCCAUCGCGGCCCAGCAACCGAGCUGCGGCCCUGCCGCCCAAGCCCACCCGGCCCCCAGCCGUGUCCCCCGCCCUGGCCCAGCCCCCCCUGCUCCCCCAGCCCCCCAUGGCUCAGCCGCCCCAAGUGCUGCUGGAGGACGAGGAGCCCCCUGCCCCGCCCCUCACCUCCAUGCAGAUGCAGCUGUACCUGCAGCAGCUGCAGAAGGUACAGCCCCCCACGCCGCUACUCCCUUCCGUGAAGGUGCAGUCCCAGCCCCCGCCCCCACUGCCACCCCCGCCCCACCCCUCCGUGCCGCAGCCGCAGCUCCAGCAGCCGCCGCCGCCCCCACCCCCGCCCCAGCCGCAGCCCCCGCCCCAGCCGCAGCCCCCGCCCCCGCCCCGGCCCGUGCACUUGCCGCCCAUGCAGUUCUCUGCUCACAUCCAGCCCCCGCCACCCCCCAGCCAGCAGCCCCCCCACCCGCCCCCCGGCCAGCAGCCACCCCCGCCUCAGCCCGCCAAGCCCCAGCAGGUCAUCCAGCACCACCCCUCCCCUCGGCACCACAAGUCGGACCCCUAUUCGACUGGUCACCUCCGCGAAGCCCCCUCCCCGUUGAUGAUACAUUCCCCCCAGAUGCCGCCGUUCCAGAGCCUCACCCACCAGUCUCCCCCCCAACAGAGCGUCCAGCCCAAGAAGCAGGAGCUGCGCCCGCCCUCGGUGGUGCAGCCGCAGCCCCUGGUGGUGGUGAAGGAGGAGAAGACCCACUCGCCCAUCAUCCGCAACGAGCCCUUCAGCCCCUCGCUGCGGCCAGAGCCCCCCAAGCACCCCGAGAACAUCAAGGCUCCAGUCCACCUGCCCCAGCGGCCUGAGAUGAAGCCUGUGGAGGUCGGGCGGCCCGUUAUCCGGCCCCCUGAGCAGUCGGCACCGCCGCCCGGGGCGCCUGACAAGGACAAACCCAAGCAGGAGCCCAAGACUCCAGUGGCACCCAAAAAGGACCUGAAGAUCAAGAACAUGGGCUCCUGGGCCAGCCUGGUCCAGAAACAUCCGACUGCCCCGUCCUCCACCGCCAAGUCCUCCAGCGAGAGCUUCGAGCAGUUCCGCCGCGUGGCCCGCGAGAAGGAGGAGCGCGAGAAGGCGCUGAAGGCCCAGGCCGAGCACGCCGAGAAGGAGAAGGAGCGGCUUCGGCAGGAGCGCAUGAGGAACCGAGAGGAUGAGGAGGCGCUGGAGCAGGCGCGGCGCGUGCACGAGGAGGCGCGGCGGCGCCAGGAGCAGCAGCAGCAGCAGCGGCAGGAGCAGCAGCAGCAGCAGCAGCAGCAGCAGGCCGCUGUGGCCGCGGCCGCCGCCCCCCAGGCCCAGAGCUCGCAGCCCCAGUCCAUGCUGGAUCAGCAGCGGGAGCUGGCCAGGAAGCGGGAGCAGGAGCGGCGGCGGCGGGAGGCGAUGGAAGCUACGAUUGACAUGAAUUUCCAGAGCGAUCUCUUGUCCAUAUUUGAAGAGAACCUCUUCUGAGAGCACCUCGGUGACUGACUGUGACUUUCCUGGGAAACGUGGACUCUCCAUAGUGUUAGGGGCGCGGAGGAAGCGGGGCCUGGCCCCAUGCAUGCUGUGCCCGGGGCGGGCCUGGCGGGAGCGCAGGAGCGCGGAGCCCGCCUGCCUUACAGCCAGCGAGGACACGAGCCCGCGCCGCGGGCGCCCGCGUGCCAGCCAGACCCACGCCCCGCGCGCCCCCACCCGGCACCGGGCGAGAGGCCCUUCUCUCCGCCAAAUGUCUACACAGUAUACACAGACAUCGUCGCUGCCACCCUGACUGGUUUCCUGUCCGUGAGAACGUGGCGUCCGCGGCGCCCUGCCCGCCGGGAGUCCCGGUCCACAACGCAGCAUGGCCGCCCGUCCCCCAGGAGGCUCGGCCGGGCCCCAGCGGGCUGCUGGGCGGGCGGGCCACCGGCCACCCCUGCUGGCACUGACUUUGCCUUGAACAGACGCCCUCCCCUCCCCCCACAAGCCUUUAAUCGAGAGCCGCUCUCUGUAAGUGUUCGCUUGUGCAAAAGGGAAUCGUGCCGUGGAGGUGUGUGUGUGUGUCCGUGGCCGCACGUGCGGGCCUCGCUCACCAACCAAAGUCAGUUCUUCCCACCUGUGUUUCUGGGUUUUUUGUUUUUUUGGGGUUUUUUUUUUGUUUUUGUUUUUUUUUUUGGUUUCUGGUUUUUUUGUUUUUUUUUUCUAUAUAUAUUUUUGUUGUUGCUGAAACCUAUUUUAUUUUUAAUUAUCUCCUCUCCAGACACGAUGGCACCGCUUCCCUCGGAAAUGGUGUGCUGGUGUCCGUGGGCAGCGGCCCGGCCCGCCGCGGCCGUGUGUGACCCUGGCUGUACUGUGUAGUGAACGUAGCUGGCAUAUCUUUGUUUGAAGUUUGUUGGUGACUCCACCAAACUGGUGUAAAAAAAGAAAAAAAAGAAAAAAAAAAGAAAAAAAAAAAACACAAAAAAAGCAAAACAUAUACAAAAAAACCCUCCUGCCUAUAUUUUAUUCAGUUUCAAACUUUUAUUAGUCUAUUUUUAAUUAAUUAUAAAAUCAGAAAGCUGCGAUCUCUCGUCCUCCCUCUCCCCCAUUUGUUGGCUUCGUUUUUAAUGUCCAAUCUUUUUUUACCAAGAAAGGAAGGAAAGGGGUCUGGGACGAGGCGGGCCUGGGGGGACCACCGCGGGAGGCAGAGCCCCCCCCCGCCCCGCCCGGCGCCCCGGGUCUGACCGGCCAGCUGUUCUUUCCCGACCUUUUUUUUUUUCUUUUUUGUUUUGAAUUUUGUAAUGAGAGCCCUGGGCGGGGUAGUGCGCGCCACGAGAACACACUCGACACCGCGACGCUGGUGCCUCGCUCGGUGUUGGCCAAACUCGGGAGUCACUGACUGGUUUGACUUGGAUACGGUGAACAUGCGUCUGUACUGAUCAUGGAAUAAACACGUCUCUCUUUUUUAA